UAGCUAUUAGCUUAGUUCUAGUAUUAAAUUGUCUGUUGAAAUUUGGGGCAAAAAAGUGUUGGAUAAAUUUUGACUUCACCUCUGGAAUCUCUCUCUCUCUCUCAUGUUGCUGGAAGAAACGCGAAUUGAUGGCGUGAUAUAUGUGGAAUUUUGCUUAAAAUUUCAUUUAAUCAUACAAAAUGUUUGAUUGUGGUCCAAAGACUCAAUACAUCACUGGGCAGCGGGACAAGUUUGUAAGAUUGGAUGACUUGGAUUCCAGACUCUCAUCCCCAUCUACUUCAGUUGCUACAAACAAAUGUGGCUUGAGUAUCGAGGGUUUGGGCCGUGGUAAUCAUAGAAAUCCUGCUCCAUCAAAAUCCUUUAAGAGAGGAAUGAAGAAAGGAUCUCAAGGUCUAAAAUCUAUUGGUCGGUCCCUUGGUUUUGGUGUCUCGCGAGCAGUUUUCCCAGAGGACCUCAAGGUGUCAGAGAAGAGGAUUUUUGACCCCCAAGACAAACUCCUUACCCUUUGGAACAAGCUUUUUGUGAUGUCAUGUAUUCUGGGAGUGUCUGUUGAUCCUCUGUUUUUCUUUCUUCCAGUUUUUAAUAAAUCAUCAAAUUGACUGGAUAUAGAUAGAAAAUUGGCCAUCACGGCUACAACACUGCGCACAAUUGUUGAUGCUUUCUAUCUUAUUCACAUGGUUCUCCAAUUCCGGACUGCUUAUAUAGCCCCAUCAUCCCGUGUGUUUGGGCGAAGUGAACUUGUAAUUGAUCCUGGACAGAUUGCUAAGCGGUACUUGAAGUGCUAUUUCAUCAUUGAUUUCCUUGCAGUGCUUCCCCUCCCACAGAUUGUUGUCUGGAGAUUUCUGCAGAGGUCAAAUGGAUCAGAUGUACUGGCUACAAAGCAAGCAUUAUUUUUCAUCAUUUUGCUCCAAUAUAUUCCUAGAUUCACCCGAAUUAUGCCGCUUACUUCAGAAUUAAAAAGAACUUCUGGUGUCUUUGCUGAAACUGCAUGGGCUGGUGCAGUGUCCUACUUGCUGCUGUACAUGCUUGCCAGUCAUCUUGCAACGAGGGGGUAUGAUGACUGUUGGAUGGUCCUGCAAAGUAUUAUUCGCAUGUGCACUAGGACAAUGUCUGAUAAAUAGAGUCGUGAAUGAGCUCAGCACAAGAGAUCACCAAUUUUUUUGGAUUCUUUUUGUGUUUUACUAGACUAUCAUGGGGAGAUAAGAGUUGCUGGUUGAUUUGUUAUAGUGGGUAGAAAUCUGAAUUAUUUUAAAUUGUGGCAUCUAUUCCUUGAGAUGUGGUAAUUGUUACUAUUAUAUACAUCAUGCCCCAGGUGCAAAAUUGUUUUGUUUAUUAAGGAGGGAAUCCUUGCUA